CUGAGCCAAAAGAUGGCUCAUAUGUGCAUUUUAUUCUAUGAAGAACAGAGAAACUGAAGUUAUGCAUCUUUUCCAGCCAAUUUUGGUUAUAGGAUAAUGGACAAGGUUUCGGGCCCUUGAUACUGGUACACACCCCUAUGGAUCAAAUAUGUCUUUAAUGGAGCUUCAGGACAAAAGUGAGCAUGUCUACAGGAGCACUGGCCUCAGGAGACAGACGAGUGCUGAGAUAGUGUCAGAAGCUCGUCGCUCUCUCAGAACUCUUGCCACACAGCGGCCUUUCACACCUCAGGAGAAGCAUCGGCAGCUCUUUGGAGAAUCAUCUUCUCGUGCACGUGAUGGACGACCACCGUCUGCAUUCAGUCUACAUGCCCAACAUUUUGAAGCUCCUGACUCCAGGCCAGGCUCUGGAACUCGUCUCAGCCCACUGGAACAUAAACCCAGGCUGUCUGUGUCCCUGGAUGAGGAUGGCGGUGUUGAUGAAGCAACUCUCCCCAAACCCCCAGCUGAACGAGGGAAUACAAGAAUAGGAUCAGGAGGUUCUCGAGCCAAACUGCUUAGAGCAGCAUCCAUAAACAGGCUACCACCCGUGACACCAAACACAAAGAAUAUGUCUCUAGAGGCAAGGAUUGGAGCAGACCAACCAGGUGACAGAGAAAAGUUGCAAUGUUCUGAUAUUACAGAGCAUACAACAAAUUCUUCCUCUGAAACAGACCUGCACAUACUUACUAAACACAGGAUACUGCAAAAUGAUGUAUCCAGUGCAAGAGGAUCAAAACCAGAAGUCAAGCUUGGGCAUGGAGACACAGGAGAUGACAGCAUGGAUGAAUCUAUGUUCUGGAACACUAAAGUUCUUCCUGUCCUUCAUGAAUUUGAGUCUUUUGCACCAGGUGAUGCCGUAUCAGAUGAGACUGUGGGAGAGCUGUGUAAUGCAUGCAGUGGUCUCCAUGAUGCGCUGACAGAGAGAGGCAUGCUGGGAAGGCAGUUUAAAAAGAGGUCCUCCAUCCUUAGAACACUCUUCAGGCUUAUAGAUGUGGGAUCGGAUCGACUUAACCUAACAUUAGCCAAACUUAUUCUGGCACUCAAUGUGAGUGGAAACAACUUGCUGAACAUCUGCAAACUCGUCUUCAAAAUCAGCCGGAACGCUAGUAAUGACGCCCUGUUCCUCAACGACGGCAUCCUAGACUCCCUUCUGACUCUGCUCCACUGUGAGGAUGUGUGGAGUAAAGGUGAAGCCGUGCUGUACUGUGUCGGCUCACUGAAGCUCCUCUCAGGGAACAGCGCCCUCUCCAGGCUGCUGCUUUCUAAAGGCUUCAUCGGUGUAUUGCUGCAGCUGUCAAAGAGACUGAUGCAUGGUCCAUCUUCAACUUCAGCUAACAUAACUUCUCACAGGUCAGAGGCAGAAGGUCAGCGUAUCAUCGCAGGACACACACUGGUACAGGUCACAGCAGCUUUGAGAAAUAUAGCUGACCAGUCAGAGUCUCGGCCUUCCUUCCUGUCCAACAAAGCAUUCUCUACUCUUUGCUUAAUUCUGGAGAACCACUGCAAAGACCUUGACAUCUGCAUUAAUGUGGCCCGAAUAUUCAGCAAGCUGUCCACCUACACUGAAUGCUGUCAUGCACUAGCUGAGACACCACGUUGCUGCGGCCUAUUUUUGGACCUGCUAAGCAAACACGGCAGGAAACAGGAUCUAGUAGUGCGUCUCCUGUUCACACUAGGAAAUCUGACAGCCAAGAGCACUGAAGCCAGAGAGAGAGUCUAUGAGGAGGAAGGCGGGAUAGAUGUCCUCUUAGAUCUUUUUCAGGUCUACCAGGAAACACCAUCGCCCCCUAAGCAAUGCCAUGCCCCUGAGAGAGAGGACGUCCUGGUCAAACUGAUCCGACUGCUUGCCAACCUGGCCAUCCAUCCCACCGUGGGCACGGCACUGGCUGCCAACACACUGUGUGUACAGCUGCUGCUGGAAGUGCUGGAGUGCAGGUGUGUGCAGGAGAGUGAAGAGUUAGUGAUUAAUGCUGUGGCCACCAUCAACAACCUGUCUUUCUACCAAGGCGAGAGCUCAGUGGUCCGUUCCCAGCACACACACAUCUCACAGUUGCUACUAAAACUCUUGCUGAGCUCCAGUAUGGAUGCUGUUUUGGAGGCCACACGCGUGUUUGGAAAUCUGUCGCAGAUCAAAGACAUGAGACACUUCAUCAUGCAGCACAAAGUGGAGCAGUAUGUGGUAACCCUCCUGGACUCCAAGACCCCUGAUGUGUGUUUCUCUGCAUGUGGAGUUCUCAUCAACCUAUCUGCAGAUCCAGAAAACAGGGCCAUGCUGAGGGCCACGGGAACCAUUCAGAAGCUUAUUGACUGUCUGCGUGACUUCGGGCCUCAGGACUGGCAUUUGGCUGCUGUGGUGUGUCAGACUCUGUGGAACUGCUCUUUAGAUGGAGAGCUGCAACACACUCAAGAGCUGUUGGAGAUCUUGCGGCUCUACACUGACAGAGGAGCUUUGCAGUGGUCUUCUGAUGAUGGAGUCAGACAGGUUCAGGAAGCAUGCUGGGAGCUGCUCUUUUUGCCUGUAGCUGAGAGGCUUAGACAGUGUUUUUAUAUUGAAGACACUACUGGCAUCAUUCCGUAAGCUCCACUGACACACUUCUCCUCUCCAGAUGUCACGCUUGUCUGUG